AUGAACGAAAAAGGCUCUUCGGUCGCUCCCGCCCGGCUUCGCCGAACGGAAGCCACAGAACCCACUCCGAACUCCGACCACUGUCGGCCAUUGGUCGGUCGUAGCGGUCUAGAAUUUUACCACUUUCUAGCGGUAGCGACGAAAUGGGAAAAUUCCGUUCAACAGAACUCAAACAUUGAUCGGCUUCCAGUAGACUUGGAAAAAUCAGACCUAGCGACCCUAACGAUUAGCAAAUCGAGGGAGGA